CCUCAGUAUUCCAUUUCGUUAAUAAAACAAAGCAGUGGAAAUGAAACAACGCUUCAAGCCUCUUUUUUCCAUCAACGAACAAUUGACAGAGCUGCCGGACAGCCCUUCUAGUCCCAUAAAUCUCCUUCCUUUCGCGUCAUUCCGGGCGGUCCUUUCCUCCGAUGGGUCCUUCAGUAUUUUCAGUCCUUGGAGUGUUAAUCUAUGUGUCGGUUUUACUGAGCUCUUCCCUCGCCGACCCGAGGACCACACAGGUGACCCGGAUAUGCACCAACAGGACAGCUCUUGCUGCCAACCGCGUCACUUUCGUGGCCAACUUUGUUGCGGCGAUGGAUGGACUCACCCGUCAGCUCUUUGCCCAGGGAUACGGUUCGGUGGUGACUGGGAGCGGGAGCAAUAUGGUCUACGCGUUCGGAGAGUGCAUGAGGGACCUCUCGCAGACCGACUGCGACCUCUGCUUCGCUCAGUGCAAGAUUCAGAUCCCCCGGUGCUUCCCCUUUCAGCUGGGCACUCGUGCCGGUCGAAUAUUAUAUGAUGGGUGUUAUCUUCGGUAUGAUGACUAUAACUUCUUCAACGAGAGCCUGAGUCCAGUUGAUUCCACCGUUUGUGCAACUGAACAGUUCAGCGGGAAUACUACCGUCUUUGAGGAUUACGUGACAGAGCUGGGAAAGAAUUUGACCUUGGAAGCUCCCAAGAAAGACGGGUUCUUUGUUGGGUCAGUGACUGGAGGGAACACAUCAGUUUACGGUUUGGCUCAGUGCUGGAAAUUCACGAAUGACUGCAGGAAGUGCUUAAAUGAUUCGUUCUCGAGGAUCGCUUCUUGCCCGCCGAGAAGAGAGGGGAGGGCUAUCAACGCCGGGUGUUACCUGAGGUACUCCACGGAGAAGUUCUAUUACAAUAACACCGUCACUGCUGCAGCUGGAAGAAACACUGGACGCCGAUUGGCUAUUAUUGUCGCAACAACAUCCUCGGCCUUUGCGCUCCUUCUGAUUGUUGCCGUAGCGGGAAUCGUGAGGAGAAAAGUUUCGGAAAAGAGAAGAGAGAGGAGGCUGCUUGGCCUUUUAGCGAACACCGUGAACAAGUCCAAGCUUAACUUUUCAUACGAAACUCUCGAGAAAGCUACGAACUACUUCGACUGCUCCAACAAACUGGGCCAGGGUGGAUCUGGUUCUGUGUACAAAGGAAUAUUGCCGAACGGGAAGCCCAUUGCAAUCAAGAGGCUCGUGUUUAAUACGAGACAGUGGGUCGAACAUUUCUUUAAUGAAGUCAACUUGAUCAGUGGCAUUCAUCACAAGAAUCUCGUUGGCCUGUUGGGCUGCAGCAUCACUGGUCCUGAGAGCCUUCUUGUCUAUGAAUAUAUCCCGAACUUGAGCCUCCUUGAUCACCUUUUUGUGAAUAAGGACGUCGAACCAUUGAAUUGGGAGACUAGGAGCAAGAUCGUUCUGGGCACAGCGGAAGGAUUGGCAUAUCUCCAUGAGGAGUCCAGCUUACGGAUCAUUCACAGAGACAUCAAACUCAGCAAUGUUCUGCUCGAUGAUGAUUUCGCGCCUAAAAUUGCCGAUUUUGGCCUUGCACGAUUAUUUCCCGAAGACAAAACUCACAUAUCCACUGCCAUUGCCGGAACAUUAGGCUACAUGGCUCCAGAAUAUGUAGUCCGUGGCAAGUUGACCGAGAAGGCAGAUGUCUAUAGCUAUGGAGUUCUUGUGAUCGAAGUCAUCACCAGGAAGAGAAAUAACUCAUUUUUCCAGAAAUCUUUCUCCAUCUUACAAACGGUAAAACUGUUUUAUUUAAUGAGGAAAACGCAAAAACCGAAACCAAGCUCUGAUCCAAUAAAAAGGAGAUCAUCAAUUCAACAGCAACUGUCCCCUUUCGGUUUCAAAGUCACAUUAGAAACAUUUCCUGCCUUGCAGGUCUGGGACAUGUAUUCAAGCGGAAGAUUGUGUGAAGCAGUCGAUCCAGUUCUUCUGAAAGGUAAGUUCCGAGGAGAGGAGGUAUCUAGAAUCAUCCAAAUUGCGCUCCUCUGUGUGCAAGCCUCCGCAGAACUUCGGCCAAGAAUGUCGAUGGUCGUGAAAAUGCUAUCUGAUGAUUGUGACAUCCCUUCACCAACACAACCGCCCUUCAUAAGUUCCAGUCAUUCCGCAUCAACUUGAGAGACAGCAGUCAGUUAUCGGCGGUGAUUUCCAGCCUGAAUUGGACUGCCAUUCUUCAGGUAACACGAAGACCGAGAGCUUCGUCGAGCCUAGAUAGAGCAUCAUACUGAAGAAGUCCUUUCGGUGAGGCAGAUGAUAAUGCCGAACCUUCAAUCCUCACUCGAUCUCAAGUUCACAUUUGACUCUCCGUGAUGUUUCAGCGGACCAGGACAUGUCCAUUCAUGCGACCAUUUUGUAUAUUCUUGAUCGAUGAAUUAUUGUUCCAUACAUCUUCAAUGUACACAGGUCAUUUUCACUUAAACGAUACGAAUGUUUACAACUGUAUAGAGAUGCACACAUAUAGGACUCUAUGAGUUUGGAGAACGGAAGAGGAAAGCCGCAGUGAUGAUCCGACGAGUGCAA